CCCAGGGAUCAUACGUAACUUCGAUUUCGCAAGACCGUAACGGCUCAAACCCGAAUUAGGAUAACACUUCAACAAAGCUGACUCGCGUGAACUUAAAAAACCGAGAACUGCACUCGGGAACAGCGAACGAAGUCGCAGCACGUCAGUCGGCUCCGCCCCGACUUCGCUUCUCUUUUUCUUCCCUUGGUCGAGAUGAGUGCCAGUAACUCCGCUUUGUUGGUUUAUUCCGGCGGAUGAAUUGCGAGGAGUUGGUGGUUUCCGAUGAUACAUUUUGCGCCGGGUUCUGAGGAAUUUCGUCGCUCGAUGAAGCUGACUGGAAGAAUGAGGUUACUAACUCUUUACUUUUAAAAGUUAGCCACAAUGGGAAACAAUAUUUCUAGAAGAAUGUAUCCCUCUUUUCUGAAGAACAGAAUGAAACCUAAGUGUGCUAGUCGAAACGAACACCACUUUAACCGAAACUCCACAUUAGAAAACUGUUCCCAUUCUAGCAUCCAAGAUGUAAAUGCUAGCAGUGAUGAGUCUGAAGAUGGGUUCUACAGGUUUGUGAUUCUUCAUGCUGAGGAGGAUAUAGAAGAAGCCAUUAGAGUCCAAGACCUCUUACAAAAUGAAUAUUGUAUCAAACCAGGAAUCAUUUUUGCGGAAAUGCCUAGUGGUAGGCAUUUGCUGGAAAAUUUAACUGAUGCCAUUAACGAUUCUGCCUGGAUAAUUAUACUGCUGACAGAAAACUUCUUAAGAGACCUUUGGUGUGAAUUCCAAUCAUAUACUUCUCUUUUGGGUGCACUGACCAUCCCACACAAACAUAACAGUGUGAUACCCAUGCGGCCACGAAACAGACCACUCCCAUGGGAGAGGACUCCUUUCAUCCUACAGUGUGUUAAUAUUCUUCAAGAAGAUAGUCCUGGAUUUUCUGCUCAAGUAAAGAAAACUUUUCAAGAGGCUCAGUAUAGGCAGCAGGAAAAGGUGUGGCGAUAUGGAAGAAAGAAAGAAGUGGCCUGACCAGCAAUGAUGGGAAAUACAGUACUGGCACAUCUGAAAAACAUUAACUGGAAAAACAUUAGCAUUACAAAUGCAUUUUUAAUGCAUUUUUUUAAACAAAGAUUUUGUGAUACUCUAAUCUAUCUCCAUAUUCUUGAUUUUGUUUUGAAUACUUAAACAAGAGUUUGGGAGUUCUUCUUCAGAUAAGUUUCCUGGAAUAAUGCUACCAAGAAAAGUUUUCCACCAUUCUAGCUGUAAGCUUUAAAAGUCUUGAGAAAUUAUAGGGUCAUGUAUGGAGUAACCAUUCUAUUUGUAGGAUAUUCACUUCAAGGAUUCCUGGUGACAAGGGUUAGAAAGACAACUAUCUGAAGCCUUGAGAAAUCACUAUGAGACAAAAUGAAAUGGUGGUCUCACCUGAUAUUUUCUAAGAGUUAAAAGCAGAUUUAAAGUGUAAUCACUGUUUGUGGUGUGAACGUUCAUCCUAUAUUUGUCUUUGAUAGAUUUUUUUUUAUGGAUUUUAGUACUGUUUCAGAAUAUGAACAUACUAUUUAACCAGGCAUCAUACAGAAAUUAAAGAAAUGAACAUUUUUGUUAUCUAGUCCACACAUUUUGCACUAAACCAUAAUGUGAUUUAAGUUAUGAACCAGUCAGUCUUAAAUAAAUAAUAAUUUAUGACUUAAAUAGGAUAUGUAAACCUAACUAAUUACCAUGUGCCACUAUAUUUUUAAUCCUUUUAAAAUAUAGUAUCUGUCUUUCAUCUUCAAAUUCUGCUUGGCUGCACAAUCCUUCCCAUUCCCCUGAAUCCCAGUUGAGAAUUACAGUGUUCAUUUGAUGCUGCUCUUUUAUUCAGUGUAAUAAUAUCAUUUCCAUUUGGAUCAAACUGACCUAACAGUUCCAAGACUUUUUGUUGGAAUAGCUGAAAUACAAACUGCAUUUUUGAAGGAACUCAGUCAGAGUUGGUAUUCAGUAGGUUCUGACCAUUUCUGGAAAAC